AUGCUGGAUGGGACGAAUGAAAUCUUGUACUGCUUGGAUGAGGGCAUUGGUCUCCCUAAUUCUACAUUAACAUCCUUCAAAAUCAAGUCGAACGGGUCAUUGGCCAAAAUUCAUCAACUACAAACCCUGACAGGACCUGUUGCAUCUGUUUUUUAUUCUGCAACGCAGCUGACUGAUCGCAAAUUUUUUGCCGUUGUCCAUUACUCCGGAUCUGCCGUCACAACGUACUCUGUUGACCCUACCAGAGGUCACUUCGAGCACUGUCAAACCUUUACAUUUACAAUUCCUGCCCCAGGGACAGUCCCUUCUCGACAGGAAGCAUCGCACCCACAUGGAGUGGUUGUGGAUCCAACGGGGCAGUUUGUCCUCGUCCCAGACCUGGGAGCAGACUUAGUCCGCAUCUUUCAGGUUAACCCAACCACAGGCGGCCUAGAAGAGCAGGAGCCUUUUGCUGUAGCUCCAGGAUCUGGACCGAGACAUGCUGUCUUCUGGACUCCAAGCCGGGUGAGACAGGCACAACUGCGAGAUGUUCGUUUUUAUUUGGUGUCAGAGCUAGAUAAUCACCUGAGAGGCUACGACGUUAAAUAUUCGCAGAAUGGAACCAUAUCAUUCUCUCAGUUCUAUGAUGCUAACACGUACGGUGGAGCAACCCCACCGACCGGUUCAAAAGCUGCAGAGAUUGCUAUAUCACCUGAAAACAAUCAUCUCGUGAUAUCCAACCGUAACGAUAAUAUGUUUGGUCCCGGGAAUGACUCCAUUGCGGUGUUUUCAAUUGCUAGUGGAUGGCGAGAACCCUCCCCUGUCUCCUUCCUUGGUUUAUAUCCAGCAUAUGGUUCAUUUCCAAGACAGUUUGAUAUGUCACAAAAGGAUGUGGUAGCACUGGCACUCCAGAGCAGCCAGAAAGUGGCUGUGGCUCAGUGGAAUAGAGUGGGAAUGCUCGGUCCUUUGCUUGUGGAGAAGUCACUGGAUGGAGAAAUUUCCUCUGCGAUUUGGGACAUUUAG